CUCCCUCCCUCCCCCGCUCUCUCUCUCUCUCUCUCUAAAUUCAGCCCCGCACGUUUUGGGGCCAAGCCGCCUCUUGUUCCGUACGGACGGUUCAAGGCUCAAUUCAAAAUAAUGUCAGAGAAGCUCUCCACGGUAAUCUUAAAAGUAGACCUCCAGUGCGUCGCCUGCACCAAGAAGAUCAAGAAGACUCUCUGCAAACUCCGAGAUCGGGAGGGGAUACGAUCGGUGAUCUACGAUGAGAAGAACAACAGCGUUACCAUCUCCGGACCCUUCGAUCCGAGGAAGCUCAUCAAAAAGAUAUGCUGCAAAGCCUGCAAGGUCAUCAAGGACAUCCAAUUGUGGCCAGUAGAGCCGCCAAACAGUCGAGCCCCGCCCCCGCCGCGCGCCCACCGCCCCGAAGAGAAGAAGCCCGACCCCGGCCGCCCGCCGCCCCGGAACCGCAACCGCCCACCCGAACCUCCAGCGCCCGAACCGCCCCCCAGCGCCCGAACCCCGCCCCCCCAGGCGCCGCGGACCGAGCAGAGGGUUGCAACCCGAACCUCCACAGCCUGA